AUGCAAGAUGAGCCAUGUUCAUCCAAGUCGAGCAAAGUGGCCAGCAACAACUGGAAACGUGGACAUCGUCGUGCUUGGAGUAUGCCGAAUGCGAAAGGCGAGAAAAUGACACUAGCUGUCAUUCAUGAUAAGGAGACAAUGGCCGAUGGAAAUACGCAUAGGCGUCGUAUAGUACGAUAUCGUCUUCAUCCAGGGAAACGAGGGCGAUUGGCUGCUGGUGCCGAUACCGUUGAGCAAAAUGGUGGUUUCCCGGCCACGGGGCUUCGAUUUGACUUGCCCGGAAUGCCACAUCCAGACGAGGACGAUAACGAGCUUGAGGUAGAAAUCAAUGAGGAAGAGGUGGUUGUGCCAGCCGAUUCUGGAAGAGGAGCUAGAACAAUUGUGAAAAGAUUCUGGGAAGCUCGGUGGAAAGCAACGAACUUUGAAUACCUUCCAGAGUGGUUGCAGGAUAAUGAAUAUCUCAGGACAGGUCACCGCCCUCCACUUCCGUCCUUCAGUAGCUGUUUAAAGAGUAUUUUCGCUCUUCAUACCGAAAUCGGUAAUAUUUGCACACACAUGUAUGGAUGUAUUGCGUUCAUUGGCGUUGCACUUUGGUUUCUAACGCGACCGAGCACUCAGGUUCAGUUUAUGGAAAAGAUAAUAUUUUCAACGUAUUUUCUCGGUGCAAUACUAUGCCUCGGAAUGUCUUUCUUGUUCCACACUGUUGCAUGUCAUUCCGACUCUGUGGGAAAGUUUUUCAACAAGUUGGAUUACACCGGGAUUACUUUGCUGAUUGUUGGCUCAUUUAUUCCUUGGCUCUACUAUGGAUUCUAUUGUCGACCCCAGCCAAUGAUUAUCUACAUCACAAUGAUUAGUGUACUAGGUUUACUAGCCAUGGUUGUGUCAUUGUGGGACAAGUUUGCGCAGCCCAAAUACAGAGCUUUUCGUGCUGGUGUUUUCGUUGCUAUGGGACUGUCAGCAAUUUUUCCGCCUGCGCAUAUGUUAGUUGUCGAUGGCCUCGAAUUUAUGUAUAAGAAGGCAUCGCUAGUUUGGAUGUUAUCUAUGAGCGCUAUGUAUAUAGAGCAGCUAUAUAUGCGACCAGAAUUCCAGAAUGAUGGUUUCGUGGAAGAUGCGAUUUAUGGUUCUAAUCGCACCAGUUAUUUCACACAUUUGUUGUAA